AGGAGGAAAUGACGAAGAGAGUCGGGCGCUGAUUGGCGAGCUCUGGCCGGGAGCGGAAGCCGGUGUUUCGCAGCCGAGAGCAUUUGCAGCUGGUCACUCCAGCCUCCUGGGACUUUGACUCGCCCUACUCGGUGCGCUCCUGCCGAGGGUCGUCGGAGAUGUCGCUCGGCCGCCUUCUACCAGGAGCCUGAUCCGUCCCGCCCGCCGCCCGGAUGGGACCGCCGGAAUGCUCUAAAGUCUCCAGUGAAUAUUGAAUUGCUGAGGAAUUUGGGAAAAGACAAAUCAAAGUUCCCAUUCCAUGGAUCCCUUAGGUGCGCCUUCCCAGUUUGUGGAUGUGGAUGCACUACCAAGCUGGGGUGACUCAUGCCGAGAUGAAUUAAAUUCCUCUGAUACUACAGCUGAAAUAUUUCAGGAAGACACUGUUCGAUCACCUUUUCUUUAUAAUAAGGACAUCAAUGGAAAAGUAGUUCUUUGGAAAGGAGAUGUGGCAUUACUGAACUGUACAGCCAUUGUGAAUACCAGCAAUGAAAGUCUCACAGAUAAGAAUCCCGUGUCAGAAAGUAUCUUCAUGCUUGCAGGGCCUGAUUUGAAGGAAGAUCUCCAGAAACUUAAAGGUUGCCGAACAGGUGAAGCAAAAUUGACAAAAGGAUUCAAUCUAGCUGCCCGGUUCAUCAUUCACACAGUGGGACCUAAGUAUAAGAGCCGCUAUCGCACAGCAGCUGAGAGUUCCCUUUAUAGCUGCUACAGAAACGUACUUCAACUAGCAAAAGAGCAGUCAAUGUCUUCUGUUGGCUUCUGUGUCAUCAAUUCUGCAAAACGUGGUUAUCCUUUAGAGGAUGCAACACACAUAGCACUUCGCACUGUAAGGAGAUUCCUAGAGAUUCAUGGGGAAACCAUUGAAAAAGUAGUAUUUGCUGUCUCUGAUCUUGAAGAGGCUACUUACCAAAAGCUGCUACCUCUGUACUUCCCAAGGUCAUUGAAAGAGGAGAAUCGAUCAUUGCCGUACCUACCUGCAGAUAUUGGAAAUGCAGAAGGGGAGCCUGUGGUACCCGAACGACAGAUUAGAAUAAGCGAGAAACCUGGCGCUCCAGAAGAUAACCAAGAAGAGGAGGAUGAAGGCUUGGGAGUUGAUCUCUCUUUCAUUGGCUCUCACGCUUUUGCUCGAAUGGAAGGAGAUAUUGACAAGCAAAGAAAACUGAUCCUUCAGGGACAAUUAUCAGAGGCAGCUCUGCAGAAGCAGCAUCAAAGAAAUUAUAAUCGCUGGUUAUGUCAAGCAAGAUCUGAGGAUCUGUCUGAUAUUGCUUCUCUAAAAGCCUUAUACCAAACAGGUGUUGAUAACUGUGGUCGAACAGUGAUGGUGGUAGUUGGAAGAAACAUUCCUGUAACAUUAAUAGAUAUGGACAAGGCUCUCUUAUACUUCAUUCAUGUGAUGGAUCACAUUGCUGUGAAGGAGUAUGUAUUAGUGUAUUUUCACACACUGACCAGCGAAUACAAUCAUCUGGACUCUGACUUCCUGAAGAAACUCUACGAUGUUGUUGAUGUCAAGUACAAGAGGAAUUUGAAGGCUGUUUAUUUUGUUCAUCCCACAUUUCGUUCAAAGGUGUCAACAUGGUUUUUUACCACCUUUUCUGUCUCAGGACUGAAGGACAAAAUCCACCAUGUGGACAGCCUCCACCAGCUGUUUUCUGCCAUAUCACCAGAACAGAUCGACUUUCCUCCUUUUGUCCUUGAAUAUGAUGCCAGGGAAAACGGGCCUUACUAUACAUCAUAUCCCCCAUCACCAGAUUUGUGACCUGCCAUCUUUCAGUGCUUCUUGGUUCCCAGGAUGCCACUUCCUCCACGAAUGCUACCUGUUGAAGUGAUACUCAUUUUUGCUGUACAGAUCCAGAGAGCCUUUUGUCCCCACCUCUCUGGUAUUUUUUUAUUGACUGUAUAUUUUCGGGCACAUAAGCAAUCUAAAAAUGGUAGGCCAUUAUGAACUGCACACAUUUUAAAUUUGUAUAUUUAUAUCAAAUGGAAAUGUUCAUUUUUAGAUUGUUAAUAGAAAUUGGGGAGCAACUUUUGAGUAUCUUUAGUUUCCUGAAGGACACCGAAUUCUCCAUUAGAUAAACCACCAAGACUGUUCACGUCAUCUCUCUAACAUUGCACGCUUCCUUUGUGUACUUAAGUGAUUCUCGAAAUACACAGAACCAAUGUAUGCUAACCAGAUGCAUUGUUUGCUUCAGAUCCAUGGUGUUAAUACCAUGUACGUUUUAUAAAGAUAAUUCGGCUAUGUUGAAAGAGAAUUAUCUGGGACCAAGAAUGUGGAAAUGUAUCUGACAAAAACAUCAAAAUCAUUAGCAAAAUAUAGGGCUUAGAAUGUUAAUGCACAAGUUAAGACUAAAGUUUAAGGACUAAGGUUCCUUGGAUUAUAUGAUUUGUUAAGAUUGCCACAGUUCUGAUCUCAACAGUGUGGGGAAACAAGAAGACUAUAUCCUCAGCCUUUUUCCUAUAAUCAUGGAUGAUUUGGUCUUAUUCACAAGGACUGCACAUAUUAGUACUCUUAAGAACAUCUUCCAAGACUCCAGCAGUGAGCAUUUAGAGAGUGUGUUGUCUUCCAGAGUCAUGAUUGAUUUUGUUUAGCUAUCAGGUCUACUACCUCUAAGGACAUUUCGUAGCAGCAUCUUUUGAGUUGCCUGCAUCAGUGUGGAGGAAGUGUGUCACAGUGAAUAAAUCCAGGGGGCUGAUAAUUGGCAAAAGACCACUUUUACCACUCAGGCUCUAUUUGUGCCUUAGCUUGCUUAUGAGUAAGAAUUAUAAUUAUGCUGCCUACCUCACAGAGGUAUCAUGAAGAUAGUAUUUAGAAAGGGCUUUGUUGUGGUGGGGUAUCUUCAGUUAGUUUUUAAAUGGGAAUAAAUAUAUAUGAGGGAAUGCUACACAGCACUCCCCUUGUCCUUGAUACCAUUUGAGUGAUUUUUCUUUUUGUGGGGCAAGACCUGUUAGUCUAAAAUUCCAAGCCUGAUGACCUCCUUCCUCUUUUGUCCAGAAUCUCUUCUGGCCUGCUCAUCCCCCGAUGCUAUACUUCAAUGAGAGGCAUCUGUUGGCCAUUUUAAACAUUUCUUCUUGAAUUAAGGUCAAACCAUUAUUAUUCCCAUCUGGGUAGCUUUGUACUUUUUUUUGAUGCCUGCAGCCACCUCCCGAUGGCCCCGUCUUCCUCAACCUAUCACAUAAGUUGGCAGUUCAGAGAAAAAAAAAAAACAGAACCUUUCUGUUCUAUCAUGUGCUCCAGAUCAGUACUUCCAAGAGUCCCAUUCUUUUCUGCCCAAACUAAUUCUUCAUUGGAGAUCAAAGAAACAUAUUCUCUUCAUUUAUGAUAGAGAAAUCUCCCUGUAGUGCAUUAAAUUCAUCCUGUAUUUUCCCAUAUAAAUAAGAAGGGACUUUACAUUUUUUAGAUAAAGGUUCUUAUCUUUUGCAUGUAUUGAAAACAUUUUCUUUGUGUCAGACUUCAAAAUUACUCGAUCCUUAUAUAUACAUCUAUGUUAAGGUCCUCUCUUAUGUCCCCUAGGUCAUCGCAUCCAGGCAGCCAGUCAGAUGUCAGAUGUUAAGCUUUCUCUCAAAUAGUACUUUUUUUUAACCCCUUGGGCCCUGUACCUUAAAAGUCUGAAACUUUAACUUCAUCUUCUACAGUCAAUUGUGAGAUCAUAUUUGAGGUAUCUUCUUCACAAGGAGCAGCUAUGAAAGUCUGCCAACUUUUCCUUAUUAAAGGGGAACUUGGCUACCUCAAGAAUCUGGCCCAAACCAUUUUCUGUAUAGAUAAUAGAGGCCAUAAGCUACUUUGCCAAUUUGAAAGGAAGCAAAUUUAUAUAUACAAUUUCUUACAGGCAGUAGUAAUUUUGAAAGGAUGUUCCUUUGCUAUAUUCAUACCAGUAUAUUAAUGUUUAGUAACACAAGCAGGAUUCUACAUAUGCUGAGAUUUUAGUACAAUUGAUGUCUUAAGGUUUAAAGGUGGUACAGAACUGUAUACAUAUCAACUGUGUUUUAUGAUUCAAUAAUGUCUAAAGAAAGAUAAGGACCACUUUUCUCACUGAAACUAAAUUUGAUGCUUUUACAGAUGUCUAUAGUGUUAUAGAAUGAAGUUGCUUCAAAGUAUCAAAUCCUAGAGGAGAAACAUAGUGACCUUGACAUUGAAAUAAUUAAGCAACAUUUGGUAUACCAGUCUGCCUUUAUAAAAAGGUUUAGCCUGAAUAAUACAUGCCAUUUUCAAGGACAUAUUAGAAGAUAAAGGGGAGAGUGGAGAUGACCACCAGCGUCUGAUGUUAAUUCAAAGCAUCGCCAAGUCUUUAAUUUAAUUAAACUUUGGUCAUGCUAAAUGCUAAUUGAAUUGUUGAAGACACAAAUUAUAAAAUUUUUAUUAAUCAUGCAAGGCCUAAUAUGAUUUUUAAAACAAGUACACUUCUUGUUUCCACAGGUAUUUGGGUUCUUAAUUCAUCUAUAUCCAAGUUUCUUGAUAGUGAAAAUUACCUCUUAAAAAAAAUUCAACCUUUUUUAGACCCGUGAGGGCAAAUGGUACAUAUUUUAAAGAUUUUUUCCUUUAAUAUAUAUUACAUAUCAUUGGUGGAUGCUUUACAUUUCUUUUUUCUUUUUCUUUUCUUUUUUUUUUUUUUUUUUUUUGGAGACAGAGUCUUGCUCUGUCACCUAGGCUGGAGUGCAAUGGUGUGAUCUCAGCUCACUGCAGCCUCUGCCUCCCAGGUUUAAGCAGUUCUGCCUCAGCCUCCCUAGUAGCUGGGACUACAGGUUUGUGUCACCAUGCCUAGCUAAUUUUUUGUAUUUUUUUUUUUUCAGUAGAGACAGGGUUUCACCAUGUUGGCCAGACUGGUCUCAAACUCCUGACCUCAAGUGAUCCACCCACCUUGGCCUCCCAAAGUGUUGGGUUUACCAGUAUGAGCCACCAUGCCCAUCCUAUAUUUCCUUUUCCAAAGGAAUACAUCUGCAGUAUUUUGAGAGUAAUUAGCAGAGGAUUUUUAGAGUAUUUUUGGUAGGAAAAAUAAAUGUCGAGUUUUUAUCAAAUUUCUGAAAUUGAAAAGAAAAUAUCACUUCUUUCUAAAGAGAGAUAAGUAUAGUCACUCCAGUAGAAAAAUAUGGCUUGCCUAUUUUCUUCCUCUUUUCUGUUUACUUGGAUGUUGUUUAAUGAUUUCAAACUGUAGGUUUAGUCUUGUCUUUAUAACAGUUAAUGGAGAAGUGAUAAAAUUAGGUAUUCAGCAUAAACUAAAGAUCACUCUUUGUAUUUCCUAUGAUACAUUGACUGUAUGUAUGUAUAUAGAGUUUAAAUUGCUUAAUAUAUGAGCAGAAAUGAUUAGAAUUUGAAGUACUUGAUAGAGGAGAGUUAUAUGGUUCUAGUGGCAGUGGAUUGAUUGUAUUAAGGACCAAAAGAACUACAAGAUAAUAUAAAAACACCUUGAAAACUGGAGUGAGUUAGGUUGUUUUUUUUUUUUUAAGGGCCUUACUAUACCUUUUUUUUUUUUUUUUUUUUUUUGUCGCCCAGGCUGUAGUGCAAUGGCAUGAUCUCAGCUCACUGUAAUCUCUGUCUCCUGGGUUCAAGCGAUUCUCCUGUCUCAGCCUCCCCAGUAAGUGAGAUUACAGGCAUGCACCACCACACCCAGCUAAUUUUUGUAUUUUUAGUAGAGACAGGGUUUCACCAUGUUGGCCAGGCUGCUCUCGAAUUCAUCUGCCCACCUCGGCCUCCCAAAGUGCCGGAUUACAGGCGUAAGCCACCGUGCCUGGCCAGGUUUCUGAUUAUAGUUUUCUUAAGUUGUAAUCAUCAUAAUUAACAUGUGCUAGAGUGUUUUCACUGUGCUGGCACUAAUACUUCUUGGCAUAUAAUUAACUCUUGUUUUGCAAUUGCCUGAGACCAUGAAGAAUGGAGGGCUUUACCUUACCUUAGUCAUUUUGAGUGAAUACCGUAAACUAGGUGGCAUAACAACAUACAUUCAUUUCUCACAGUUGGAGGCUGAGAAACCCCAAGAUCAAGGUGCCAUCCAAUGCAAUUCCUGAUGAAGGCCCUCUUCUGGUUUGUGGAUGAUCUGCUUCUUGCUAUAUUCUCACUUGGCAGAGAGAGAGAGAGACAUCGUUACUUUCCUGUCUCUUCUUGUAAGGCCACUAAUCCCAUUCGUGAGGGCUCCACCCUCAUGACAUGAUUAGCACCCAGAGGCCCCACCUCCAUAUGCCAUCAUUUUGUAUGUUAGAGUUUCAACAUAUGAAUUUGCAGGCGAGAGAGAACAUAAGCAUUGAGUUCAUAACAUACCUAUAAUCUAGGUCGUAUCAUAAACCCAGAGAUGAUAAGGAUUGCCUGGUAGGCCUAACCAUAUAUACAUAUACAUACAUGUACACACACAUAUAUGCAUAAUCUGCCUUUACAUUGUUUGAGUCUGACUUCUGUGGUCCAUAUGUAAAGAACAUAGAGCAAUCAAUAAACUAGUUCAAGCUUUGAGUCUUACUGAACUAGUCCUUAAACAGAUGGUAUCAAGAUCAUUUUAGAUAUUAGUGACUCUCUUGUUUAUUAGUUAUUAUUUUUUACACUUUCAAGAAGAGCAUCUUUGAAUCUUUUCAAGUACAGUAUGCCUUAAAUGUAUAGGACCACUGAGUUCAGGAAGAAAAGCAUAGAUAGGUAUUCUCUAGGUGAAUUACACUAACAAAAUCACAACUGCAGAAUGUGAUCUGAUACUUUUGUUAGACAGUAAAGCUAAUACAUUUUGUAUACAGUCACCAUUUUUUUGAUAAUGUGUUUGGUUAGUGUAAGCACACAGUCAUCACAGACUGAGACAGGACUUUGUUAGACCAGAUCUUGUGAGCUAAAUAUUUAAGAGCUUAACAUAUAUAAAUGAUUUUAAUUGCUGUUGGGUGAAGGAAACCUAAAAAUGCUUAAAUUGGCAGAUCUUACAAUUUGCUUACUGAAAAUUCAGAAAGCUUUUAUGAAAACUUUGCGUUUUAAACUUUUUUUCUCAUUCUGAAUUAGAAGUUAGAUCCCUUUUAAAGAGGGUCUCACUUUAUACAAAUAUAGCCUAUGAAGAACCAAUAGUGAAAUAAUAGUGUUUAUAUUGAACCCCAGGAUGAGACAUUAUUUUUUGACCAUUUACCUCAGGUCUUUCUCUAAUUACCAAAGUUAACCUGGAGAGUGGUUAAAAACCCAGUGAUUGUUAGUCAGCAUUCUCUGUGGAGACCCGGACUAGUGAUUCCCAGACUUCCAUGUGCAUAUAACAAAUCAGCUGACUAUAUUAUUAAAUGGAGAUUCCAAUUCAGUAGUUCUGGAGUGGCCUCUGGGAUUAUCAGUUUCUAACAAGCUCUUAGGUGUUAUCAAUUUUCCUGGUCCCCAGACCAUAGUUAGAGUAAAGGAGCGUAGAUUGCAUUUAGCUUGCAGAUUUUCUCCUUCAAGGAAAGGAGACAGAACUAUCAUUGUAAUUCCUCCUGUGGUCCAGGCACUCUAAAGUUCAUCAUCUCUUCUAAUCCUCUUACAAAUCCUGUGAGGUUGGUGAUAAUAGAAGUUACCUGCUGAAGAUGACACUCACAAGUGGGACUGACCGUGUAGACCGGUUUUCUCAAACAUGAAUAAUGUACUUCAUUUUUUAAUAAGGAAAAAAAUCUCUUAGCUCAGUUUUUGCUUAAUUUAUAUUUAUUAUAAUGUUAUCUAAAUAUAUAUAAACAUAAAACUAGGAAUAAAUGCUUUAUGUUCAUACGUCUUGCACAAGUAUAAAACCAAAACAGGUAUAAAACCAAAACUAUAAAACUAAUAAAAUUUAAAAUAGUAUUAAAUAGUGAUGUUUUG